AUGGUCUCGACUAGAGACCAUCAGGACCAGUUCAACGACUUGUUGAACACUAACGAAGAGUGGCCGGCUUUGAACACCAGUUUAAUGGCCAACAACCGUACGAUGGGGCAGUUUGAGGGAUUUGAUGGUGACAGAAAGUAAGCAAUUCUUUAUUUAUUGCUAAGUAUUAUGCAAAUUAGGUUAAAAUAGUGAAACUUUUUACAAGUUCAUAAAACAUGGGGAACCUGCUUUGUAAAUACCCCUGAGGGAGCAAAUUAACGACAAUUAUGCUUAGUGUCACGUAAAGUAUUAUAAUAUAGUACUAACAUUACUUUUUGCACUUUAAAGAGCUAUUUGUAAAGCUGCUUAUAUGCCAUUAUAAAAUUAAUGUAAAGGUUUAUAAUCGAAUAAAUCGCGUUUUACAAAUUUUUCGUUUUAAAAAUACAGUGGAACCGGGAAGGAACCUCUACAAAGUUAGCCUUAUGUGAGCUUUCGAUUUAGGUUUAUAGCUUUUAUGCCUACUGAGUAUUUUAUUAUAAUCAACAUUCGAAAAAUAAAAACUUUUAGCAGUAAAACUAAAAAUAAAAAAACUAUUUUUAGGUCCCCAAUGCCACGCCGUUCUACUGGUCGGAUGCAAGGUUGGUUGCUCGGCCAAACGUUGUACUGUGUGGUAUUUUUGCACCAGUUAUUUUUUUUGUUGUGGUAGAAAAGUGUUUUAUCACUAGUUUGUUUUGUUUUUUUAAAUACAUUGAGGUAGAGCAGGGGGGGGGGGAGGGAGGGGUGGCAAAUUACUUAAUGUAGGCGGGAGAUUUUGCAUGUUUAAAAAUACUACUUUAUAUUAAAACUACUUUUUUUCUGAAUAAUAACUCAUAAAGCUUUGGUGGAAUUUGCCAAACUGCUUUUCGCAAAGUUUACGAGAUUUAAGAUUAAAAUUCCAAAGCGUUGGAAUUGCGAAUUUGUUUUUCAAUUGUGACUUGAGUGUAGUACAAGAAUUUUAUAAUAGAUACAAGUGUGAUUACGGUUAAGCUCUUUAAUUUUCCCAACGGAUUUUUCAUUAUUGCGAAAAUUGGUGGAUUAGGUGACAUUGGCUGAAGAUGGAGGGUUAACUUGCUAUGUGUUAAGAAUCUUUAAUCUUGCCCGAUCUUGAGGUUAAAAUAAUGAACUAAUUUUUUAUGUUAUUUAAAACUUCUGAUUUUAAAAUAACUUGUAAUUACAAGUUAAUUUUUUCAAAACUUUGGAUACCUAAAGCUCAGUUUUGCUCCAAAUAUAAACACGUUAUCUGAUUGAAAACAGCUGGUAAUAACACCCGGUUUUACACUGUUGUAUAUUGCUUCUAUUCACUUUGACCUUUUUGUUUUCCAUCUUUUUUUCUUUGCUGAUUAAACAUCGGGUAUGUUAUCAAUACCCACUAAAGAUUGUCUUAAAGGGUCCAGAAUGGCGUGCUUAAAACUUUUUACUUUCUUUUUAUUUUAUAUCACUUUUUUUAUUUAAAAAAUAUUCAUAUUUUUCCAAACUUACCAGUUCGUGUAGCCCAAAAAGUAGUAAAUAGUAAUUGUUGAAGCCGUCAUAUCCUGUCCAAAACUCUUCCAAAGGUAUUGCGAAUGUUUUUCACGUCGCAAAAACAUAGUAAACCUUGAAAAUUUUAAAGUAAAAACGUUUUUUGGAUGCCCGUAACGCGAUUUCUAGUGGAAACAGUAAAUUUUGUGAAGUUUUUGUGUUUUUUGGAGUUGAAAAGAUGGGCAGAGGUUGAUAAAGUGUUCACAAGUGUUAUUACUUUAAAGUUUAUUGCGAAGUAGUAAUGUAAACUAAAGCAACUUUGUUUUACAAGCUUUAUAAAUACAUUUAUAAGUAAUUUAAGUAAAAAAAGUAUUAAAUAUUACAGAUAAAUUAAUUUUUUUUCAUAUUUCUUUUUCUCAAGAAUUUUUUGCUGCUUCUUCUUUUGCCGGGAUUUUGGCAAGGUGAGGCGGAAUGCCAGAAAGAAUAAAAUAAAAUAAUUUUUUUCAUUAAAUUCUUGCAAAAUUAGCCUAUUUUUAGCAAUAUUUUAGGGUUCAUUUAUCUAAAAGUGUUAUUGAUUGUCCUUUUACAACUCGUCUGAUGUUAUCCUUUUCAAUUUGCCGAUAAGUUUUGUUGAAAUUUUGUAAAAACCGGCAACACACCGAUAACCAAGGAUAAUGUGUUGUUUGUGGCGAUAAUAUUAUAUUACUUUGGCUUUUAAUAUUAUGGGGGCGUAAAUGUAAUUAAGUCUCCUUUUAUCAGGUUCUUGCUUUUAACGCGUGUUAAUUCAUCGUAAUUUUACAGUUUAAGGGAUUUUUACACCUCGUGAGGAGUUUUUUGUUUUUCGAAAAAAAUUGUUUGGGACCCUUUGGCAACAUAUGUAAGAACACGAAAACGUAGUGUAAUAUUUAAUUUUGGGGCGACUUUUACCUAAGAAGCCAAGUCUUCUUCAAGAAUGUAAAGAUAAUGUUUGUUACCUAAAUUUUUGCGUUGUUUUACCUAUCUUAUUUGAAUUUACUAAUUGCUGCAAAAUUUUAUGAACUUUUUUCGAUGUUUACUAAAAUUUUAUAGAAAAGGGUUGAGUAUAUUAUAGUAACUAAUAAAGAAUUAUAUCUUUUUUUCGAAAGACCAAAGAUUUUAGGUAACAACUUAUUGUUUUUUGUAACUGGGAAUUUUUUUUAAAGAUUUUGAAAAUAUAUUAAACAAAAAAAAACAAAACCUAGAUAUCAUGCUUACAUUAUGUAGCAAAAUAAGCUCAAAUACCAUCCAUAGUUGACAGCUUAAUUGUAUUGUUUAGGCAGGUCAACAAAGUUUCACACCCACUCCACUAUUAGAUGAUACUCGAGGGGAUUAGUCUUGGGACUAGACAUUCUUAAUAACACAUUCCACUUUGACGUUGCUCCUGUUUCCGUGUGUGGUUUUUUCACAUCGUGCUUCGUAUUUUAUUAUUUUUUUUCUUUUAGGUUAAAGAUUUGAGGUGUGGAAUUUUGGUAUUUUAGAGCGAUUUUGCUAAAUUUAUGUAAAUUUUCUGACAUUUUAAGUUUCGAAAUUUUAACCUUCGAGCCCUCAAAUCCUUAACCAUUCCCCACUAUCGUGCUAAUUUUGUUCAUUUUUCGUGGUUUGUGCUGUAACAACAUUGGUUUUUCAAGCUUUUUGCAUCUGGUUAAUGUACAUUAUAUUGACAGAUGUAGAAAGUCUCCAAAAAAAUUAUUAUAGUUUUGUCAUUUCAGCUCCAACCCUGGCAGAAACACUGAGACAAACGUACGGCGCUCAGCCUGAGACCAUGGGCAUUCAACAGCAACAGGCGUUUAUGGCCCAGCAAAUGAAUCAGCAGAAUAACCCGUCGGCCAAGAACCCCAAGCUUUACAAAACCGAACUAUGUCGCUCAUGGAUGGAAAGCGGACGAUGCAAUUAUGGAGAAAGGUACGUUUUUGGUUUUAUAAAAUUUUUAUUUUUUACGUUUGGAAAACGUUAAUAUGUAUUUUUAUAAUUUUGUUUUGAGACAUUUAAAAUUAACUAUUUCUAUUCCAGAUGCCAAUACGCUCACGGUGACACCGAAAAACGGCCAAUUCCCCGUCAUCCCAAGUACAAAACUGAGGCCUGUCAAUCCUACCAUCAAUCCGGCUACUGUCCGUACGGUCCUAGGUGUCAUUUUAUCCAUAACGAGGAACCUCAUGUCUUGGCCCAACUUGUAGCUCAAAAUGCGGCCGCUGCCGCCGCUUCAAAAGCUCAACAACAACAGAUUUUGGACGCACGAGCUCAGGCUUCAAUUCAGCGUCCAAACUCAUUGAUAGGUUUGAGUCGUACCAGUUCGACUGGUCGUACAGGAACCAAUGCCAAUGCUAUUGCAACGGCCGCCGCCAUGGCCGCUGCUGCCUUUAGCCAACAACCGCAAUUGUUCAGCAGACAGUUCCAGAAUCAGCUACAGGUUUGUUAGCUAAUUUUUCAAUGUGAAAGGCUUUGGAUAAGAUAAUAUUCUUUUAUUUCAGAAUGUGAAUAUGUUUUUUAUAAUAGUAUCACGACUGCUUUUUUAAUCUUUUUUCUUUUUACAGAUGUUCAGCGAAGGCUCGACUACCCCAAAACCAGCCCAGAAAUCGGACGUACUCGGCUCCACCGGGGAUUCGCCAAUUCCUUCAUCAAAUGACUCUGGCACCGAAUCCCCAUUAGGCUCGUUUUCGCCCGGUUUUGAAGCCGAAGAUCCAUUCUACGGUCGCAAGGAGCAGAAACAUCAACAACACAACCCUUACUACACACAAAUGAGCCAGGCUCAAGUGGAGUGGUCGUUGGCUCAGGACUUUAGCGAGUUGAGCCCAUAUGGAGCAAAAUACAAUAAUCCAAUUGCACCACCCCCAGGCCUACAUCCCCACGAUUUGAGCCCACUGAAUUUGUUGCCAACCUCUUUGAGUAGCGACGUUGAAAGUGGAUUCUUGUCGUCGGCAUCAUCGAUUUCUUCGAACAAGUCGACGUCACCAAGCUCACCACCGACCGGAACCACACCGUUGGCUUCCACCUGGUCCACUGGUACUACGCCAACUCAGGGCGUUCGUCUGCCAGUGUUUGAACGGCUAUCCAAUGGGCCUUAA